UCAUUGAUGUCACAGCAGUGAGUCGAUAAAUAUCGUUGCAUCGGGACUAUCUUUCACAGAGGCUGAAACCGAGAUAAGUCAGCAAGUUUGUUUAUUGAUUUUCCGUGCAGUUUAGUCACGGCUGGACCACGAGGAAGUAUAACAGAAUCCACAGUUUGCAACAACAAGUAGAGGAUUACUCGAAAGAUUUAUAGGCUGAGCCGUUGGUGAAUUACUUCUAAUCGCAUCAGUUAUCAAUUGUAGAGACCUCAUACAGGAGCACUGUGAUGAAAUUCCAGUGAUGUGCAGUACUUUUUGGCUUCAUAUCAAAGUGGAGGAGUGAUUCUGGACUUAAAACAAGGAUCUAGGAGUGAUGCUGGCCUGAAUCAAUAUUUAGAAGGUCAAAGGAGAGGGAUUUUACUUCGUGCAUUGUGAAGGAGUUGAGUUGACAGGACUUUGAAAGAGGGACAUGCAGUUUUAUGUUAAUUCGUUAGGAGUAACAGGAAAUCCUGAUGAAAUGGCAUCGACUACAACCAGUAGCUACCAUAGUUAAUGUGUAGAUAGCAAUAUGAUACCUUUGCAAAAGCAAUAAAGGAAAGUGAAACAGGAAACAGAAUAUCAACCCCGUCCCUGUUGACAAACAGCAUCAUUAGGGUAUCAUUUAUCACCACAAUCUAAUCACAGGACCAUAUUGUGUCUGGGAUCAUGGAAUGACCGUAACUGUCCCCUGGGUGGCUGCUGUUAAUAGUUUUAUGAUAUCUAAUACAAAAGGGACUUCACUCAAUUAAGGCUGACAAACAAAUGCACCGCUGGGGUUAUGAGUGUUGCUUUACACAGUAUCGUUGGAGUCCUACAUACUUCCAGGCAGUUUUUUCUCUAGCAGUUUCAUAGCUAGUGCUGUAAUUCAGGAUUAGAUCACUGACUCAGAUUCAUAGCUAGAGGCACUGGAGUCAUAUCUCACUAAUCAGGAUUAGAGAUUUCAUAGCUAAAGGCAGUGGAAAAGACUAUAAGACUCAUCAAGUCAAAACUCCAAUUACUUUGAUAACUUUAUCAGGUGGAGAUAGCCACAUGGAACUACUUCACCUGAGCAAAGGUUAGUCGUGCCUAGCUUCAUCGAGUAAGUUGUUCCACGCCGGUCACCAGUUUACAGUUCAAAACAUUAUUUCAAAGGCCAAAAGGAGGACAGCAAGGGAACAUUUGAAACACAACUGGAGUCUAUAGUCUCAAUGUGGUUUGGGCUUCGAAAAUUUAGGAUUUAGGAACACCAUUUGUGGAUUAACACGUACAAUUGCUUAUAUAAUCCACUGGUGAGUAGCAAAGAGUAGAGUAAGUCAACCACUGGAUUAAUACUAUUAAGUGGCUCAAUUACGGGACAAGCGAUUAGUCGAUAAGUUGCCAACCGUUCAAGCACUUAGCUAAUCAGUUUGAGUUCACCAAAAGACUUUGAUCUCCUCUAUAAGAGCUGAGGACUUUUGAUAAACAUAAUUUUCACACCGCUACGAAAAAUGGCAUCUGCUGCUCUUGUGAGGUCCGACUCUGUCAAAUUGUCACUGAUAUCCGCGUGCAAACUACCAAAUCUCAGCGGAGAGGUGGAUUACACUGACGGAGAGACAUUACCUCGUGACGUUGCCGUGAUGCAUGAUGAUGCCAUCGCAGUCAUUGACCCCUGGUGCAGACGUAUAUCUGUCUUUGAGAAACUAAGCGAACCGAUCAAACAUUACAAACUGAUGUAUAACUUUGGUGGUCAGGGCCACGCCGAAAAAUUUGAAGUUUCUUGUCCGAUCGGAAUUGAGGCUCAACAAAACGCCGUGUUAGUCGCUGAUGCAGAUAUGGUCAGUCUGAUUGUGUUUGGCCGAGCAGGAUCGCCAUUGGAUCAGAUCAGGUUCAACCAACCCCCACAAUGCAUUAGUAAACGAGGCGGAAAAAUUUACGUUGGUUUCACCGAUGUCAUCAAGUGCUACAAAAUGCACCAAGACGAUGCCAAGAUGUCAAUGGAAGAGAUAAAUGGGACAAACUUCAACAUCAUCCCAACAUACAUUGAUGCAAAUGAAAAUAGUGAUGUUGCCAUCACAGAUGGAAAUAGGAUCUACCUUUUCUGUAAUUUUGACUCUAUGCCGUACAUGACUCCGACGUUUUGCGAAUGGAGCAAUGUACAAGGGUUGUGUUUCGUCAGUAAUGACAAGCUACUUGUAGCCAACCACGAAGAGAACACUGUCUCCCUUAUUCAUCUGACUGACACCGCACCGAGGGAGCUCGACAUAAAACACAAGAUUACGAUACUCUCUGAAGAUGACGGAAUCAUCAAUCCACGUGCCGUUAAUGUCGACAACAGCGGUGAUGUCAUCAUCACCCAAUGGGAUGGAAGCAUUAAACUUUUCGAGAAAGAAAUCAUUCCGUUGAACUAGUUGUCGAUCGCAGAGUGCAUGUUGCCAUGGUUACUGGUUAUUGAUGACAUCACUUCACAUUAAUGGCAAUAAUUUUCCGAGUAUGUUGUGUUAGUGGCAUUCUUGGAGAGGGACACUUGUGCUAUUAUGUAGUAGAGGAAUGCUCGAGAUCAUAUGGGUGAUGUGUAAAGACAUGUUAACCCCUCUAGGACGGACGGACACUUAGAGCAAAAGUAGAAAAUUAGAAAAUCUGCAUUUGACUUCAAAACUCGUCUAACCCCCAAUUCUGUUACACAGGUCUCUCUUUCUGAUUAUCCUCUUAUUUCAGGCUAGAAUCAAUGUUAUCAAUCCAGUUACACUAAUUUAUCAUGAUUUGCCAGGUAGGCCUACACCAGUAUAUUAGCCUUACUAAAGCUGUGUUGUGUUAAAAGUUUUUUCUAGACAUGCAACCAGCAAUAUAUUAGCUGUCAAGGCAAAUAUGUUAAUGCAUAGAGUUUUUUCUCUCCAGGCAGCCAGCAUGAAAUUUGCUUUCAACGCAAGUGUAAAUGCAAACAGAUGAUUUUACAAACACAUAUGAAUUUAAAAAUUGUUGUAGUAUGGGCACUUAAUGGCUGCUUUGAGCACAUAAUUGAUACAGUCCAACAAUACAACCACUGACCUAAUUCAUUCCGAGGCACUCUGAUCUCUUUUCAUUUCAACACAGACUGAUUGUUGACGUCAUAAUAGCCCAUCUUUCUUAAUGAUGGCAACAAGUGGCUGACUCUCUAUGGCCAAUGUGGCGAGAAUCUCUUUUUAUCAUCAUCGGACUACUCCAGUGUGGUGAAGAAAUGAACACUCGCAGUACCAACAGCAUUUUUGAAGAACUGAUAGAUCAUGACCAUAAAACACCUCUCAAACGAAACUGUUGUUGCAGCGAUCUGCGAUAAUUAUUGCACAGGCUACUCUUUAGAGCAGUUUAGCGACUCUAACCCAUGUGGCACACCUUGUCAUGGUGGUGAUGUAGAAUCUGGUGACGAAUUGGAUCCAAACACGGCACACCUGACUGCCAAUAUCAGCAUGGUUGUCAAAAGCCAGGUCAGUGCAAAAGGUAAAAAGUCCAAUAAAAGCAAUUAUCAGCUCAAACUUUACUCUAGAUCAGACAUACAUGUAUGGUGGACAUAUCUGUAAUCAACUCUGAAUAUAUACCACUCUCAAAGGGUUAACGUGUGAUAAUUGUGCCACUGUCACUAGUUAAUAAACCCAUUAUUUUAUAUUAGCAUUAUAUUUCCACCAACCAGCAGCUGAGCGGCAUCAAGUGAGAUUUGAUAUAUCAUCAAUAACGAUACAUGUUUAGACCAAGAUAAUCUCUUUAACGCUAAUCUGGACAAGAGAUUAUUACUCAAUAUGUUGUCAGCUGAAGUGCCAUCACGUACAAGGUUUAGUGUUCAAUUCCAGCACCAGAUGGCAGACUGAUUACUAACUGCUGUUCUCACUUUAAUUAGAUUUCAUUAAUCAAACUGUUGCUAUGCAAUUGAUAUCACACAGUAAUUAAUGACGUAUGCAUGUGGGCUAUGACUUCAUUUAUAUUGCAAUUUUAUGUAGAUUAUGUUUUGAUUAAAACAACGUAAUAAAAGGCCAUAUAAACUAU